UCAUUAUGCAUUACAGGUCGUGUUUAUUGGGUGGCAAACGCUUGAAAGCAGUCUUGCUGCAACGUUCAAUCGUGCGUGUCGCAAGAGACUCUAGUUUUAUCGAAACUUAAAUUAAUUUUUUUUUUCUCUAAAAUCUUCAAAACAAUCAUAAAAAUCGGAUUCAUUCAUUUAUGUUUUACUCGUUCAUUCAAGUACAAGAAAAUUUUUUUGUGAAACGUAAAUGCUGUCGAUACGAUAACAAAACUAUUUGAGUGGAACAACGGCAUUCCUAAGUGACUUUAUAAUAGUUUGUUAAAUUUACACAAAUUGGCUUAGCCUAGGUAAACAGCAUUCCAGAGUGUUUUUAAGAAUUAUUCGUUAACAAAAAUCAUAGAAAAAGUAUAACAAAAGAUGGAUUCAAAUCCAGAAGAACUCUUCAUUUUCUAAACCAUUUAACAGCCCAGUUCAACAAUCAACUUUGUGCAACGCUUCUGAGAUAAAAGUUAUAGUAUACUUUAGAAUAACUUCGGCUUUAUAGAUUUUUUAAAUUAACAGUAACAUGCUUUUUUAUCUACAAUAACCAAUGGACUAAUUCGCAGACAUUUGUGCCUACCCUAAAGUAAGGUGAAAGUAUGCCGCAAACUCAAAUGAAUUCUUUACCAACAAUUGAACAAAAAUUGCUUAGUGUUAUAGCCGGGCAGGACUUGGGUGACAUAACGCAAGAGUUAUGCGACUUUUCAUUGGAAGAGCAAAACGCCACCGCGGAGGCACAGGGCAUACAACCAACUGCUGCUUCGGAUUUUAUACCAGUUCUAGGAAAAACGGUUACAUAUAUUGUGGCAUGUGUGUUGAUUAAUGACAACGAUGAAGUUCUGGCCAUGCAGGAAGCUAAAAAAUCUUGUGCCGGAAAAUGGUAUCUCCCAGCUGGCCGAAUGGAAAUAGGUGAAAAUAUAUGCGAAGCUGCAAUACGAGAAGUAUACGAAGAAACUGGUUUAAACGUUGAGAUGAACACUGUUUUAGCUGUAGAAGCUGCAGGGGGUUCGUGGUUUCGUUUCGUUUUAACGGGUCUCGUAACCGGUGGCUCUCUAAAAACUAUCGCGCAGGCGGACAAAGAAUCUCUUCAGGCUAAGUGGGUAGCAGAUAUUACACAACUGCCGUUGCGAGCUCACGAUAUAUUAAACCUCAUCGAAAUCGGUAAAGCUUAUAAGCAUCGUAAUGACGGUACGUCAUCGCAACUUUGGCAUCCAGAAACUUUGCCCACAAGGUAUGCUCAUCACAAAAACUAUUUACGUGUGGUAGCGGUAAUACGGAAGCGUGCUACAAAUGCUUUAAAUGUACUUGUGAGUGAAAAAAAUGUACAUCAUUUCCCUACGGUCGAAGUGCAUCCGCAGCGUAGUUUGCAUUCAACGCUACGUAAAUUCAUGAUUGAGCUUUUUGGAGCUGAGUUACCACAACACAGGCCCCACGGCAUUCUUAGCAUCGAACAUCAGGCUUCACCUAAACCUCACACUACAGAUGGUAUUUGCCUAAAUGUCCUAGUAGUGUUUAGGCCAGCUCUUGAGGAGGUCUCCCUUAUUGGCAAAUGCACUUGGCAUGAAUUAAGUAAAACUCUGGAAGAUAAAUUAGGACAAAUACUCUCUAGUAAACACUCGACCAUACCCCUCAAUGUUAUAAAAUAAUUUUCUUCGCACUUUACUGCAUUAAAUAAAACCCAUAUCUUUUUUAUGUCGCCACCAGUUUUCAGUAAGGUACACAUUUUAUUAUAUUAGAUAAAAUAUAAAAAAAGCAAAAAAAUUGUGAUUUAAAAAUUUAUAAAUAAUUAAACAAAAAUAUUGAUUGAUAUAUGUACACAAAAAAAAAAAAAAAAAAAUUUAGAUCUUUAACUAGACGGAAAAUAAUUCACAUAUAUUAAAAUUGAUUUGUAAUGCCACAUACAUUCAUUUUUA